AUGCCAUCUACCCACAACCGUGAUAAACCUUGGGAUACUCCUGACAUUGAUAAAUGGGCUCUUGAAGAAUUCAAGCCAGAACACAACACUUCUGGUCUACAUUUUGCAGAAGAAUCUUCAUUCAUGACUUUAUUUCCAAAAUAUCGUGAACAAUAUUUAAGAGGUAUCUGGAGUGAUGUUACUAAAGCAUUAGAAAAACAUUUCAUUAAAUGUGAAUUAAAUUUAGUUGAAGGUUCAAUGACUGUUAAAACAACUACUAAAACUUUUGAUCCUGCUAUGAUUAUUAAAGCUAGGGAUUUGAUUAAAUUAUUAGCUAGAUCAGUUCCAUUUCCUCAAGCUGUAAAGAUUUUACAAGAUGAUGUUGCUUGUGAUGUUAUCAAAAUCGGGAACUUUGUUGCUAAUAAAGAUAGAUUUAUCAAAAGAAGACAAAGAUUGGUUGGUCCAAAUGGUAAUACUUUGAAAGCUUUGGAAUUAUUGACCAAAUGUUAUAUCUUGGUUCAAGGUAAUACCGUCAGUGCCAUGGGUCCAUUCAAGGGAUUGAAAGAAGUUAGAAGGGUUGUUGAAGACUGUAUGAAGAACAUUCAUCCAAUUUAUUAUAUCAAAGAAUUGAUGAUCAAACAAGAAUUGAGUAAAAAUCCAGACUUAGCAAAUGAAGAUUGGUCAAGAUUUUUACCAAGUUUCAAGAAACGCUACUGUUGCUAG